AUCGACUUGCUAAGCUCGGAGCGCAUCAUGAUCAAGUUCCGGUACAAGCGCAAGGAGCCCAGCAAUGUGCCCGCAGUGGCGCAGCUGCAGCUGAUUAGCAACAAUGGCACCUUGCCCAGGAGCAGUCCGCGCAAGCUGCUCCUCGACUCUGGCUCAGCGACGUUGACGCGUCAGAGCAAGCAACAGCAACAGCAGCAACAACAGCAACAGCAGCAGCAGCAGCAGCAAAAUCUUUGCGCUUUGGCUAAGGUCUCCAGCAGCAUUGAGUUGGCGUUUCAUGGCUACAACAACAACAAUAACAACAUCAGCAACAACAACAACAACAACAGCAGUAUUGAAAGAGAUCGCUGCAUUAAUGCAGUCAUUGAACUGUUCCAGCAGCUACAAACGAGCUCUGAGCCCGCCCUGUGCCCGGAGCCCCUGCGUCGCGCCUUGGCCAGCGGCCCGCUGGCCGGUCGCCGGUUUCCGCUGGGCUGCCUCGGCGAUGCUGCCGAGUGCUUUGAGCUCCUGCUGCACCGCGUCCACUCGCACAUCUCGCCCGACGACGGCGACGCCUGCGAGUCAGCCGCUUGCAUAGCCCAUCGGCGCUUCGCCAUGCGCGUCAUCGAGCAGAGCGUUUGCAAAUGCGGCGCCAACUCCGAGCAGCUGCCCUUCACGCAGAUGGUGCACUACGUCUCCGCCUCGGCGCUGACCUCGCAGAAGAGCCUCGCCAUGCAGAACCAUCAGCAGCUCAGCUUCGGCCAGCUGCUGCGCGCUGCUGGCAACAUGGGCGACAUACGCGACUGUCCGAACGCGUGUGGUGCCAAGAUUGGCAUUUGCCGUGCCCUGCUCAAUCGACCGGAUGUGGUGUCGAUCGGCAUUGUUUGGGACUCGGAGCGGCCGGCCGCCGAUCAGGUGCACGCCGUCUUGAAGGCAGUGGGCACCAGCCUGCGCCUGGCCGACGUCUUCCACCAGGUCAGCGAGCAGCGCUGGGCCCAGCAGUCGCAGCACGAGCUGGUGGGCAUCGUCUCCUACUACGGCAAGCACUACACCACCUUCUUCUUCCACACGAAGCUCAAGGUGUGGGUGUACUUCGACGACGCCAAUGUCAAGGAGGUGGGGCCCAGCUGGGAGGGCGUGGUGGACAAGUGCAGUCGCGGCCGCUACCAGCCGCUGCUGCUGCUCUACGCCGUGCCGCAGCCGCCCAGCGCCGCUGCCGGGGCAGCCGUCGGCGGCUGCGGCAUGGAGCGGCGCGCCGUCACGCCCAGCCCGGAGAAGCCCAGCCUGGGCAGCACCAGGCGUGCCAUAACGCCCACGCCGCUGAACGACUACCAGAACCUGAGCGUCAUACAGAAGAGCAUCUUCCCUGCGCCGCUGCCCGCGUCUCCUGCUCUCCCAGCUCUGGCAGCGGGCAGCGACGAGACGGACGCCUACAUCAGCCGCAAGACCGUGGAGCACGUUUUGAGCGCCCAGUACCAGAAUCUGAGCGUCAUCCAGGACAAGAUCGCCGCCGAUAAGGAGGGCGGCUUCCUCAACCGCAAGCCCAUCGAGGCGAUGCUCAGCGCGCAGCUGGCCCGCCGGCAGCACCUGCAGCUGCAGCGCAGCCACAGCGCGGAGUCCAGCUCCGGCCACGCCUCCAACGGCAGCUCUCCGCCCAGCGACGGCCUGACCAUCCCGGAGCACCUGAACCAGCCGAGGCGCCGCGACUCGGGCAACUGGUCGGGAGACCGCAACAGCGCCAGCUCGGCCAGCUCCACGACCCUCGACAAUCCCUAUCUGUACAUGGUGGCCAAGCGAGGCGUGGCCGCCGUGCCCCAGAGCCCGACGAGGCAUGGCCACGUGCAUGGGCUGCCCUACGAUGCGGGCUACGACUCGUUCUCGCUGAGCUCCACGGACUCGUAUCCGCCCAAGCACGUGCUCAACCCGCAGCUGGCCAAGAUCCCGGAGACGAACGCACCGAACGCGGCCGGCCAUGUGCCGCACGGCCCGGCGCACGGCUCGGGCCUGGCCCUGUCGGGCGACUGCGAGAAGCUCUGCCACGAGGCGGACCAGCUGCUGGAGAAGUCGCGCCUGGUGGAGGAGUCGCACGACCUGGAAACGGCGCUGGUCCUCUGCAACGCAGCCGCGGGCCGGGCCAGAGCUGCCAUGGAUGCGCCGUACAGCAAUCCGCACACGAUGACCUUCGCCCGGAUGAAGCACAACACCUGCGUGAUGCGCGCCAGGAGUCUGCACCGUCGCAUCCUCAUCGAGAAGGGCGCCGAGAGCGAGGCCAUGCCCGAGCUGAAGCACAUGCGCGAGGGCAGCAACAGCAGCGUCAAGCACAUGCGCCAGAACAGCAAGGACCGCACGCUCGAGAAGCUCGAGAAGCUGGAGAAGCUCGAGCAACUGCCGCCAACUGGCACGGCGGCCAAGAGCAUCGAGAUCUAUGCGACGCUGCCGAAGCGCAAGAGUCCGCUCAAGGCGCUGGUCAACGCCGGCGGAGAUGACAACGCCAUCGAGUACGAGCCGCCGGCUAGCCAGGCGAAGCCGGAGCGCGAGAGCCGCUCGCUGUUCGGGCGCCGCGACAAGGACAAGGACAAGGAGAAGGAGAAGGAGCGGGAGAAGGAGAAGCGCAGCCGCAGCGAGGACCGCAACAAGCUGACGCGCGAGUUCUCGCUGACCGAGACGCUGCUGGUGAACGCCAAGGACACGCUGAAGAAGCACAAGGAGGACAAGGACGAGAAGAAGGAGAAGGACAAGAGCGGCAAGAAGCAGCACAAGAUCCGGCGCAAGCUCCUGAUGGGCGGACUCAUCCGGCGCAAGAAUCGCUCCAUGCCCGACCUGACCGAGGCUGUCGACGAUCCCAGCUCCUCAGCCGCGGCGGCAGCUGCUGCCGCUGCGUCCGCGCUCAGUGCGCAUGCCACGCCCCUCGGCUCGGUGGACGACAGCGCCGUUGGGCUGCAUCUGCACGGCCACGCCUACAUGGGCAUGAGCGGCUACAUCUCCGAGGGCCACUUUGACUACCCCAGCAGCAGCAACAGCAGCAGCGCCGCCUCUGCUGCAGCAGCAGCUGCUGCUGCCUCCGGCUGCUGCGCCAAUCCCAACCUGGAGCGCAGCAAGCUGAUGCGCAAGAGCUUCCAUGGCAGCGGCAGGCAGCUGACCAUGGUGCCCAAGGUGGCGCCACCCCCGCCCAUGCGCACCAGCUCGGCACUAACACAGCAGCAACAGCAGCAGCAGCAGCAACAUUUCCAUCACGAGGCAAACCUGUCGAACAUCUCAGCGAUGAGCUCGAAUGCCUCGAUAAGCGAGGACUCGUGCCAGACCAUCAUCACGACCUGUGCGCAGGUGCACUCCGAGCAGAGUCCGUUGAAGGACCUGCAGCUGCCAUGCGCCCCAGACAUGGGCAUGGCCUUGCCCCUGCCCAUGCCCCUGCCCCUGCCGCAGCUGGAGCUGCCGCCGUACCCCAGUCCGCCGCAGUCCGUUUGCCACUCGAGGCAGGCGAGCGAAGACUUUCCGCCGCCGCCGCCAGAGAUCGACCUGGAGCCGCUCAACCAGCAGCUGAAUCACCUGCACGCCCUGGAGGCGGCCAGCAAGCAGCAGCGACAGCAGCUCGACUCCAUGGAGGGCACAACCAGCAUCCUGGCCCAGCUGCAGCAGCGACAGCACCUGCUAAAGCUGCGCAAGGAGCAGGCGACGCCGUUGCCCGACCUGCGGAGCCGAAAGCCAGAGCCAACAUCAGCAGGAACAGCAGCAGCAGCAGCUGCAGGAGGCUCGCCCAGCAGCGUGCGCGAUCUGGCGCAUCGUUUCGAGCAAACCAGCAUUGGAGGAGCGGGAGCAACAGCAGCGACAGCAGCAGCAAUGGCUAGCAGCAACAUGCGCUCGUACGCCUCCCAGGAGCUGCUCAGCUCAGUGCGCACGCAGAUGAACGGGCUGCCCAAUGGCAAGCCGGAGACAGAUGAGGUUGACUGCGCGCCCAUGCCACGCCAACAACAACAGCAGCAGCAGCAGCAACAGUUGCUGCUGGCCAAGCCCAAGUACGAGAUGUCGCAGUCGCAGAUCGCCGAGGAGAUUCGCGAAGUGGAGCUGCUCAACUCGAUGGUGCAGCAGACGCUCAACCAGAGCAACCUGGCGGCGCCGAAGCGCGUGAAGAAGAAGAGCGUCUCGUUCUGCGACCAGGUCAUACUCGUGGCAACAGCCGGCAACGAGGAGGACGACGACUUCAUACCGAACCCCAUUCUGGAGCGAGUCCUGCGCACGGCCCAGCACCCCAACGAGAAGGUGAGCGCGCAGCUCAUUCAGCAGCAGCAGCAGAAUAUGCUGCGUCUGCAAACAGAGGCGCAGCCACGCCUGCAGCAACAGCAGCAGCAGCAACAACAGCAGCAACAGCAACAACUGCAGCAACAGCAACUGCAGCAGCAGCAGCAACAGCUGCAGGCAUCGCCCAUGCUGGGCAGGCCUGACAUGCAGCGCUAUGUGCAGCGCCAACAGCAGCUACUGCAGCAGCAGCAACAACAACAACAGGAGCUGUAUCGCCUGCAGCAACAGCAGCAGCAGCAACAGCAGCAGUUGCUGCCACGCACCAGCAUGAGCGGUUUGUCCAAUCAGCAACAACAACAACAACAACAGCAGCAGCUGGACAUGCAAUACAGCAGCAUGCCGCGACCUUUGCAUGCGCAAAGCUACUCUAUGCAAAUGCAGAAGCAACAACAGCAGCAGCAACAAUUGCAACAGCAGCAACAGCAGCAGCAGCAGCAGCAGCAACAACUGCAACAGCAGCAACAAUUGAGCAUUGCCUACUUCAGCAAUGGAACUGUUGCCGCUGAGCAGUCGCUGCCCUCGCCCUACCAGCGCGUGCCACACCCGCAUGCCUAUCAGCAGGCCAACUUCUAUGCAGCACAGCAACAGCAGCAACAACAGCAGCAGCAGCAGCAGCAGCAACAGUUGCUGAAUGGUAAGAAAAAGGUGAGCUUUGAGCCAGGCACCAAAGGUGAAUUGGAAUGCCUGCCCUGUGCGCCGCAGCCCCCACCGCCGCCGGCGACGUCGACGGCGACGUCGCUGCAGAACGGACUGCCCGAGCCGCUCUCGAAUGGCACGAAUCUCAAUGGCAUCACGGCCAUACCCACCCGCGUCUACAACAAUGCCAUCGUCAAGGCCUCGGCCAAGGCCGUCGAGUGCAAUCUGUGCCGCAAGCGCCACGUGAUUGCGCCCUCGAUCUACUGCACCAACUGCGAGUACUAUCUGCAGAUGCUCAACCAGCGCAGAUGAUGUCUGAGUGAAUCGGAUUUCGAUUCGAAGUCGAAGUCGAGCUCGAACUCGAACGCGAACUCGAACUUCAGUGCUACUGCAAUCAAAUGAAUCGAUUUGAGUUCGAGUCGAGUCGAAUCGUAGCUGUUAAUGGAAACACGUAAUCUCAAGCAUUGCUGCCACGCCCCUCCAAAUAGCGCCCACAAUAGGCUGUUACUGUUAAGGUUUGAGUCCGUAGAGUCGUACAUAUAUAUACAUAUAUCUAUAUAUAGCUUAUAGCCAAUCGUAGCUCGUAAGCAGUUGCAACAGCAGAUCGAAGCAGGCAGCAGCAGCAACAGUUCCCAACUGCAACAUGCAACUGUUGCUGCUGCUGCUGCUGCUACUGCGGCCAUCUAGAGUCAGGGAUGCGAUUGGGUUUGCUGCCGCGUGGAGCAGUGGCAACAGCAACAGCAGCAGCAACAGUCGCUUUUAUGCCGUCGCAUAAGAUGUCGCAACUGUUUGCCAGCCACGCCUACCAUGAAACGCCUGCACGCACAUGUUCCCCCAGCACACACACAUAUAUGUCCACUUGCCCAUAUAUCUAACACGCGUCGCUCACAACGAACAUCGACAUCAGCAACAUCGCCAACACCAGCAACAUUUAACAAACUCCAUCCAGCCUGGCUUCCGCAAAUCUCUUAAUAUUUUUUAAAUUAAUUCAUAUUUCUAGUUUUAAUCGCAUAUUUUUUUUAUCAUCAUUAAAUUGUUUAAGUUUCAAAAGUUUUUAAUACUUAAUUUUUUUUUUUUCGUGAGAAACUCAGCCGCUGAGCUUCCAUUGCCGCGCAGUUGUCGAACGACUGCUCGGCAGAGUUUUAAUAUUUCUAUCUGAUAUAUUAAGCAUUUAUUUUUCAUACGACAUAUAGAAUGUAAA